AUGAGGAUUCUCGAUGAAGGCAGCAAGUGCGGUAGAGACAUCAGUCGUCUUCCCGCAGAAUGGGCAUUGGUGCAGUAUGGAGGAAGACAUGUUUUGACGUCGAUUGGUACGGGCUACGAUCUUUCUAACUCUGUCUUUUCCCCCGAUGGCCGAAACUUCCAAGUUGAAUACGCAGUAAAGGCAGUCGAGAACGGGGGAACAGCCAUCGGUAUCCGAUGCAAAGAUGGUGUUGUAUUGGCAGUCGAAAAAAUCAUCACUAGCAAACUUCUAAAGCCAGGUGCCAAUAAGAAAAUAGCAACGGUGGAUCGUCAUGUUGGCAUUGUGUCAGCGGGACUUGUCCCCGAUGGUCGACACUUCGUUUCCCGAGCCAGAGACGAAGCCUCUUCGUGGAGAAGUGCAUACAAAGGGCCUAUACCGAUUUCCGCCCUAUCUAGCCGUCUAGGUAGUUAUGUCCAGGCUUACACUCUUUACUCCAGUGUACGGCCAUUUGGAGUGACCGCUAUCGUCGGGGGCUGGGACUCCGAAAUCGAACAGGCUGUUGAUGGUCAAGUUGGAACUGGUCCAAAAUCGGGAUCUGGUGGUAAAGUUGAAGGUGCCAAAGCGGGAGGCCCUGGUCUAUACAUGAUUGAGCCGAGCGGACUCUAUUGGGGCUAUCAUGGCGCGGCCACCGGGAAGGGGAGACAAGCCGCCAAAGCUGAACUCGAGAAGUUAGAUUUGGGCUCCGAUAGCCUUAGCCUUGUUGAUGCUGUCAAGGAAGCAGCUCGCAUCAUUUACGUCGCUCACGAAGACAGCAAAGACAAAGAAUUCGAGCUGGAAAUGAGCUGGAUUAGUUCGCUAGAUGGCCCAACCAAAGGAAGACACGAAGAAGUACCCAAGGAGCUCCUCGAAGAAGCAGAGAAAGCAGCAAAGAGAGCUUUGGAAGGCGAGGACGAGGAAGAGGAAGAGGGAACAAAGAACACUGCUAAUGAAGGUGAACGGAUGGAGGAGUAA